UAUUCUGUACAUUUGAAUGUCAAAUAAGGUAAUUCAUUGGGUAACAAUUGUAUGUAAAAAUGCUGUUUAAUAUUCUACCAGCAACGUCUAUUUAAAACAAUAGCUCAGGCUGUCAUGGCGAGAAGACAAACUUCCUCACAGUGCUAUUAUUGCUCGAGCGGCUUCCUCUUCAGCGAACACUCACACUUCCUCCACUACAGCAACACUUUGCUUGACUGCUUUGACGCUCUCGGACAGAUUGUAGGCUAUAUGUUCAUACAAACCCUGCCACUGAAGAUAGUAUGUUUGGUGUCUGAGACAGUGAAGGGGCCAGAAUGCAGAGCAUCAAGUGUGUGGUGGUAGGAGACGGUGCAGUGGGGAAGACCUGCCUACUCAUCUCCUACACCACCAACGCCUUCCCCAAGGAGUACAUCCCCACUGUGUUUGACAACUACAGCGCCCAGGUGACUGUGGACAGCAGGACUAUUAGCCUCAACCUGUGGGACACAGCAGGCCAGGAGGAGUACGACCGCCUGCGCACCCUCUCCUACCCCCAGACCAACGUGUUUGUCAUCUGCUUCUCCAUUGCCAGCCCCCCCUCCUUUGAGAACAUCAAGCACAAGUGGCACCCAGAGGUCACCCACCACUGUCCCAAUACACCCAUUCUGCUGGUGGGCACCAAGAAGGACCUGCGUAAUGACCCAGAGGUGUUGAAGAAGCUUAAGGAUCAGAACCAGACAACCAUCACCCAACAGCAGGGCACUGCCUUGGCCAGGCAGAUCCAAGCCAUCAAGUACCUCGAAUGCUCUGCCCUCAACCAAGAUGGAAUCAAAGAAGUGUUCGCUGAGGGUGUGCGAGCCUUUCUCAACCCACAACCUGUCGCCACCAAGAAACCUUGUGUGCUAUUGUAAAGGCAGUAGGAAACCCUGUAUGCUAUUAUAAAGGCAGUAGGAAACCCUGUGUGCUAUUAUUAAGGCAGUAGGAAACCCUGUGUGCUAUUAUAAAGGCAGUAGGAAACCCUGUGUGCUAUUAUAAAGGCAGUAGGAAACCCUGUGCGCUAUUGUAAAGGCAGUAGGAAACCCUGUGUGCUAUUGUAAAGGCAGUAGGAAACCCUGUGUGCUAUUGUAAAGGCAGUAGGAAACCCUGUGUGCUAUUGUAAAGGCAGUAGGAAACCCUGUGUGCUAUUGUAAAGGCAGUAGGAAACCCUAUGUGCUAUUGUAAAGGCAGUAGAGAUACUAUCACAGAUACAUAUCCAAUAGAACAAUAUUAAUUUAAUGUGUGUAAACCAUUGGAAUUGAUUUUAUCGUGAAAUAUGUUUUUGUUGUACUGCCAAUAACACACUGCGAUAUCAAAACUUCAUUAAGAAAAAAGGGGAUCUUUGAGGCAUUGGCUCAAGAUGCAUGCUUCAAAACUGACCCAAUGUUAGGUAGGCGAGAAGGGCCUUGCUCAAACUUUGUCUGUCAGAAUCUUUUAUUUUGUAUAUCCAUUAUUUUACCCUCUUCCUUUAAAGCAAUUGACAAACAAAACCUGAGACUUGAUGGGAGAUACAUUCUCUCAUUUAUCUGUGUUCGAAUAAUUGUCAAAUUUGGACAUGUAUGGCCUUUACAAAAAUAAUUAAAUAAUGCACGUGUAAAAAGAUGAUAUCAGGAAUUUAAUUUACUGCAGUGGGCGAAAACAGGAUCACACAGUGUUUCUUGGUAGUCUUAAACCAAUCUACUUUCAAACAUAAGUAUAGACCUCACAAAUACAGUAUGGUUAUGGGCUUAACAAAAGAAGACACCUGUACCAUGGCAGAUAUAGAGUUGAAAUGUAUUACAUUUUGAGUUUGCUUCCCAAUAUUACAUUUUAUAUACAUCACAGAAGACUGAAUAUAACAAAACCGUUUGACAUAGAAACACUGGAUUUUCGGCUGCUUUUUAAAAAUAAUGGCAACUUUAAAAAAAAAGAAUGUUUAUUAAUUAUGAAAAAUAUUUAUAUCAUUCCUCCCAUGAAGCCACUAUGUCAUUUGACUGCAGGAAAGGGCUACAUACCAAUUCUCCCAUUAUAUUUGUUUUACAAUGUACUGUAUAGUGGGUUUAAAACAUACUUUUUUUGUAAGCUAACAUAGAAGAAGGUUUUUCUACACCAUCAUUUUUUUUGUGUGCUGUGUGUGACUAUCAAGCCACCAAGAUAGUGCUUGUCUACUCUGUCUGAUUAUGUUGAAUACUGGACACAAAAGAGGAAAUGCAGAGAGGUCUUUGAUAAGAAAUGCAUAGGCUGAUUUUCCUAUUGCGGUCAUUAGUCAGUGUGUGUUUGAGAGAGAGAGAGAGAGAGAGAGAGAGAUCAAAAAAGGGAACCUGGUUGUAACUUCCCUCUGAAAGUCCAUAGCUUGCCGUCUAUUUUGUUAUUUUGGGGUUCUGGUUGUUUUAAGAUUGUGUAACUAUGUUGAGAAGGCCUGGCCGUGACCCCACUCUCUGAGGGUUUCUCAGGGAGAGUUGGGAUAUGCAAAAAACACAUUUCCAAUUCACACAUGCUUAUUAAUACAACAUUUUACAUGUGUGAAAUAGGACAAAUAUAAGCACCCACCAAAUGAUUAUUAUUACAUCUACUGUUAUAAAUGAGAGAUGGAAAUUGGGUACAAACUGUAGUGUAGAUUAAUGUGACAUAUCUUUAUUCGUAUCAUAAGCAACAGCAAAUAAAUGUGUCUCAAAUUGAAAGAAACAAACCCAUUGAUCAAUGCAUACAAUUAAAUUCAUACUUCAAGAAUACCAAUACCUUUCCAAGGGAGGCAUGGGAUGUGAUAGAACCAGCGUGCUGAACAACGAUGAAGUCCCUGAUUUGCCUGAGAAUGAUUUGGAAGUGAAAUUAUCCAGCUGGCUGUUACAGAGUUGUGAAAGAUUUAUUUCAUGUGAUGCCCAAACAUCACUGUCCUCUCCCAUACUUCAGGCCACUGGACUCAUUUGACAGUGAAAUAAGGCCUGUGCUCUGCAUGCUGUGCUGGAUAACAGACACUUCUUUGUGUGAGAACAGUAGAGGGACAUACAGAUAGAUCUCCUUACUGUUUUAGUACAGUAUAUAUUGUUACUGUAUACAACACCCCAAUCUACUAGUCUCUCUCUCUCUCUCUCUCUCUCACGCACACACCCCUCUCUCUCUCUCUCUCUCUCUCUCUCUCUCUCUCUCUCUCUCAAUCUCUCUCUCUCUACAAAUGAGGAAGAACACUUAUUUGUAACUUCCUUAAUUUAGGUUGUGGACCUCACUGACUGACUGACUGACUCACUAAGCAUGUAAUGGUGGAACUCAACAUUUCUGCAAUAAUUGUUUAAUAAAGCUAAAUGUUUACGCAAAAUAAA